UAUUCCUCCUCACAGUUCUGUAAUUUUCUGGGUAUAGUCGAUCCCCUUCCAUUAGCAAAACAUGGAAAACCACUGUAAAUUGAAUGAAUAGUCAACGACAACAUUAAGAGACUACAACACGUGGCCUUCAUUCAGCAGUCCUUCAGAAACCUAUUCCGAUUACUUUCCCAAAAUCCCAUCUUUUUCAAAAAAAGAGAAGAAAAAAAACCCCGAACCCUGCUAAUUCAUCAUCUCUGCGUUUGUUGGGCAUCAUUCUCUUUAACCGAGCAACGCACACUGAAAUCCGAAGUUGAUGGCCAAGGAAUUGCCCGAAGACUUGGUGAAACAGAUUCUGGUGUGGCUUCCGAUCGUCUCUCUAUUGCGAUUCAAGUGCGUCUGUAAAUCCUGGUACGCUCUCAUUACUCACCAAAGCUUCAUAACAAAACACCUCCAACACAACAACAACAACAGAAACAUCCUCCUUAAAAUGCGCGACAAAAUCACCAAAGAUUAUGUUGUAUCCACGCUUUCUUAUGAAACGCUCCAACUAUCCCAUACACAACCUGCACCUCCAUCGGUUUUUGCCAUCGACAAGAGUAUUUGUAUUGUGGGUUCUUGCAAUGGUAUUGUUUGUCUCCAGGACAAGUCAUUACAUAAUUUCAAGGUUGUUAUAUGGAACCCUGCAACUAAAGAAACAAAGAUUGUCCUCAAAUCAAACCUGUCCCGCUUCCCCAACGUAAUUGAUUGUAUCGGAUUUGGUUUUGAUGCCAAAACUAAUGACUACAAGAUAAUCAACCUUCUUUGUCCCGUUCACGACUUUAACUCAAUCCCAAGUGAAAUGAUAAUCCAAAGUGAGGUAUAUAGCUUAAGUGCCGAUUCUUGGAGACGAGGCGAUAGCCCCAUGUGUUGUACUUUUGAUCCUUAUAUCUGUGGCUUGAACACAUACGUCAAUGGGAUGGCUUCUUGGGAGGCACGUGUUGAUGGUUGGGAGGGUGUUUUGUCAUUUGACAUGAACAACGAGGUAUUCCUAAAAACAUGGCUGCCAGAUGUUUUGAUGGUUGAUGGUUUGAAUAGUUGGAGACACUUUUUCUUGUUGAAUGAAUCUCUUGCUAUGGCAGUUACUAUCCUGGUUGCAGAUGGACCAGAUGGUGCCUGGAACGGCAAAAUGUGGGAGAGUUGCUUUGAUAUAUGGUUGUUGCUUGAAGUUGGUGUUAAGGACUCCUGGACUAAGCUUUUCACUAUUGGACCGUUUAAAGAAAUUGAACGACCAUUAGGAUUCUGGAAGAAUGAAACCAUGUUCUUGGUAAAAUGGGACAAACAGCUGGUCUUGUAUGACCCCAUGACCAAAGAAAUAAGUAAUCUCCAAAUUGGUUAUAGAGUAACACGCCGGACAAGUUUGGUUACUUACAUGGAGACCCUAGUUUCUAUCAAGCAUUUGAAGAGCAAGACAGAUGUUGACAAUGGCCAUCUUUCUAUUUCAGUUCCAAGUGUGUUUCAAGCAGCAUAGAUGUGCUGAGACAAUAUUUUCUGCUUCUUGUUAAAUGAUGUUUUUUGAAAUAUUUAUUCUCCUUUGGCGCAAUAGUGAGACAAUGCCUAAAAGUAUCUUAGCAUUUAUUUAGAAUUAUAUAAUGAAGGCUUGAUGUUUCAUUAAAAAAGGGAAAGAACAAGAAAAGGGUUUUUACCUUGUUCUACUAACAAAAGUUUUGACUAUGAACCAUAUGAAGUUAAAGUUGGUAAGGGCUAUUAAUCUUUUAAAUCACUGACUCACUGUAGAUGUUUCAGGCGUACUUACCAGGUAAUUAAGGGUUUAGUGGAUGGAUACCAUCUUUCUUCGGAAAAAAUGGCAUCUACAGAUCAUCCACAUUACUCACUUGGAUGCUAACUAUGAAUCAAUGGAGCAACACAUUGAAAGUAACCAAAAUGUUCUUGUUAUUGUUCUCACUGAGUGCUCGAUAUAUAUUGUAGGCCCAUUG